UAGAUAUGUGAGGGAAACGAUAGAUAUUAAAAAAGUACUUUAUUUCCUGUUUUGAAAAUAUCUAGAGAGAGGAAACGCUCCUUGAAAAUUUUUUAUCCUUCAUAAUGACUCUUGGUGAAUUAAAAGAUGAAAAGGCAACACAAAAUAAAGAGAGAAGUGUUACUCAUCAAAGAAAUAUUACCCCCCAAAAUAUUUCAGUACCAGGGGGAAAAAUUAAUGGAAAUACAAUAAAUGAAAAACAGAAUGAUGGGACUAUUUCUUUUUUACGUGCUGCCCGCGGUGGAGACCUUGAUAAAUUACUUAGUUUUUUAAAGAGUGGAGAAAUAUCAGACAUCAAUUGCUGCAACGCGAAUGGAUUGAAUGCUCUUCAUCUAGCUGCAAAAGAUGGUUAUGUUGAUAUUUGCUGUGAGUUGUUAGCAAAAGGUAUCAAUGUGGAUAAUGCAACCAAAAAAGGAAACACUGCAUUGCAUAUAGCUUCUUUAGCAGGACAACUAGAAGUAAUUGAGCAGCUUAUUUUAAAUAACGCAAAUGUAAACGUUCAAUCUUCUAAUGGGUUCACUCCUUUAUAUAUGGCAGCACAAGAAAACCAUGAAGUUUGUUGUCGGAUGCUAUUAGCACAUGGUGCUAAUUCUUCACUGGCUACUGAAGAUGGUUUUACUCCAUUGGCUGUAGCAAUGCAGCAAGGUCAUGAGAAAGUAGUUACUGUUCUUUUAGAGAAUGAUGCACGCGGUAAGGUCCGUCUUCCAGCACUUCAUAUUGCUGCAAAGAAAAAUGAUGUAAAUGCAGCUACGUUGUUAUUAAAAAAUGAUCACAAUGCAGAUAUUGUUUCUAAAUCAGGAUUUACACCCCUACAUAUUGCUGCACAUUAUGGAAAUGUAGACAUAGCCAAAUUGUUAUUAGAUUGGAAUGCUAAUGUUAAUUUUGUAGCAAAACAUAACAUUACUCCAUUGCACGUAGCGAGUAAAUGGGGUAAAUCUGAAAUAUGCAGUUUGUUGCUUUCACGUGGUGCCUGCAUACAUGCUGCAACUCGGGACGGUCUAACCCCACUACACUGUGCAUCUCGAUCUGGACAUAUGCAUGUGAUUCGGUUAUUGUUGCAAAAUAAUGCUCCUAUAUUGACAAAAACAAGGAAUGGCUUGACUGCGCUUCAUAUGGCUGCUCAGGGAGAGCAUGAUGAAGCAGCUCGUUUACUUUUGGAUAAAGAAGCUCCAGUAGACGAGGUUACUAUUGAUUAUUUAACAGCACUUCAUGUGGCUGCCCACUGCGGUCACGUAAAAGUAUCAAAAUUGUUGCUUGAUUAUGGAGCUAAUUCAAACUCCCGUGCUCUCAAUGGAUUUACACCCCUUCAUAUUGCCUGCAAGAAGAAUCGCAUUAAAGUAGUCGAGAUACUUAUUAAACAAGGAGCCAAUAUAAGUGCUACUACGGAAUCCGGUUUAACUCCCUUGCACGUGGCCAGUUUUAUGGGGUGCAUAAAUAUUGUAAUAUUUUUGCUGAAGCACAACGCUAACCCGAAUAAACAAACCAUCCGCGGAGAAUCUUCUUUACAUUUGGCAGCAAGAGCUAACCAGACAGACAUAAUUCGUAUUUUACUUCGUAAUGGAGCAAACGUUGAUAUUAUAGCCCGUGAAGGACAAACACCAUUACACGUUGCUUCUAGAUUGGGUAACAUGAGUAUUAUAAAAUUAUUGUUGCAACAUGGAGCUAUAGCUAACGCAGAAACAAAAGAGAAGUACACUGCUCUACACAUUGCAGCAAAAGAAAACCGGAAAGACGUGGCACAAAUUCUUUUGGAAUAUGGUGCUUUUCUUGAUCCUGUGACCAAUAAAGGAUUUACUCCUCUUCAUUUAGCUAGUAAAUAUGGCCACAAAGAGUUUGUAUCACUACUUGUUAAACACGGAGCAUCCAUUGAUUUUCUGGGAAAAAACGAUGUUACCCCUUUGCUUAUAGCCACUCACUACGGGCAUCAGCAUAUUGUAGAGCAGAUGUUGGCUGAUGGAGCAUAUCCCAACAUCAGUGCCCGAAAUGGGCAUUGUGCUCUUCAUAUUGCGGCUAAAAGAAACCACUUGGAAAUAGCUCGACAUCUAUUGGAUAAUAAGGCUGAUGUAGGGUCCAUUAGUAAAAAUGGAUAUACACCAUUGCAUUUGGCAGCCCAAGAAGGAUAUAUUGAUAUGGUAAAAUUACUUCUUCAAAGUGGUGGGAAAAAUACCCAUUCUAAAAACGGAUUGACUCCGUUACAUUUGUCUGCCCAAGAGGGUCAUACCCUUGUUUCACAGGUUCUUUUGGACCAUGGUGCUGAAAUUUCCGAGCGCACCAAUAAUGGCUAUACACCAUUGCAUAUUGCAGCACAUUACGGACAUCUAAGCCUUGUGAAAUUACUGAUUGAAAACGAUGCUAACAUUGAAAUCAGUACGAAUAUUGGUUAUACUCCUCUUCAUCAAGCAGCGCAGCAAGGACAUAUAAUGAUAAUAAAUCUUCUACUACGCCACAAAGCAAAUCCGGAUGCUUUAACACACGAUGGUAAAAGCGCUUUAAAUAUUGCAAAUCAUUUUGGGUUUGUAACUGCAGUGGAAACACUUAAGGUAAUAACACACACAUCUUCGCUUAAUACAACUGCUGGCGUAGUAGAAGCAAAAUACAAGGUGAUGCAACCAGAGGUCAUGAACGAAACUUUACUUUCCGAUUCCGAAGACGAAGCUGGAGACGACCUUUUGGACGAUAAUAAUUACAACUACAUGGCAAAUGAUCAUAUAAAAGCUAUAUACAGCCAGGAUCAUCAAAGCUUUGAUACUACAAUUCAUGAAAGUGAGCCAACUCAGCAGUCAUCAGAAAGAGAAACCCAAGAUAAGGACUCCCAGCCAAUACAUACAUCGCUCAUGGGACUAAAAAUAGAUAAUGGUUUAAUUUUACGGCCUCCGAUACAUUUAGGAUUUCUGGUGUCAUUUUUGGUAGAUGCACGUGGUGGAUCAAUGCGCGGUUAUCGUCAUAGCGGUGUGCGGGUAAUAGUACCUCCGAAGGCUUGUGCUGAACCGACGCGAAUAACAUGUCGUUACGUGAAACCUCAAAGAGUUGUAAAUCCCCCGCCUUUAAUGGAGGGUGAGGCAUUGGUUAGUCGAAUUUUGGAAUUAUCACCCGUCGAAAGAGUUUUUUUAAGUCCAAUAACAUUAGAAGUUCCUCAUUUUGGUAAUUUAAGGGACAAUGAGCGUGAAAUUAUUAUUCUUCGUUCAGACAAUGGAGAGUGUUGGAGGGAGCAUAACUUAUUUGAGAGCGGCGAAGAUAUUAAUACUUCUAAUAAUGGAACGAAUAAGCCCAUUACUCAAAUAAAUGAAUUUACUUCAAAUCGCAUUGUCCGCAUAGUUACACAAAAUGUUCCACAUUUUUUUGCCGUUGUUUCUCGUAUCCGUCAAGACGUCCACGCUAUUGGACCCGAUGGUGGAAAUAUUUCUUCUAGAGCAAUACCGCAAGUUCAAGCUUUAUUUCCACCGCAUGCCUUGACUAAAAAAAUUCGAGUCGGUCUUCAGGCACAGUCAGUAGAUCUGGUUGGAUGCUCUAAGCUGCUUGGCCAAGGAGUUGCUGUAUCACCGGUUGUCACCGUAGAGCCCCGAAGACGAAAGUUUCAUAAGGCAAUAACACUAAGCAUCCCUGCCCCUAAAGCUUCUAUGAAGGGUAUGGUUAAUGAAUAUUAUGGCAAUGGGAAAGCCAAUCCAUCUACUCUUAGGCUUUUAUGCUCUAUCACCGGCGGUCAAACACGUGCGGCAUGGGAAGAUGUUACUGGAUCAACACCCCUUUCAAUUUCUCAAGAUAGUAUUACUUUUACAACUACUGUGUCCGCCCGUUUUUGGUUAAUGGAUUGUCGGAAUAUUGUGGACGCGGGACGAAUGGCCACCGAUCUAUAUACUCAUUUGGCAAGAGUACCUUUUUUUGUAAAAUUUUUAGUAUUUGGUAAACGAAUUUCAGAUACGGAAGCCAAGAUUUCUAUUUUUUGCAUGACAGAUGAUAAAGAAGACAAAACAUUAGAACAACAAGAAUAUUUUCGCGAAAUGGCAAAGAGCAGAGAUAUCGAAAUACUGCAGGAUCAAACCAUUUAUUUGGAAUUUUCUGGCAACCUAGUUCCCGUAUUGAAGUCAGACGAACAACUAAAUAUGAGAUUUCAAGCAUUUUGUGAAAAUCGACUUUCGUUUGUUGUACACAUAAAAGAUUCAGAGCAGCCACAUGGUCGCAUAAGUUUCAUGGGCGAACCAAAGGUACCUCUUGGAGAAUCGCCACUCAAUCCUCUUUGUGUCUUAAAUAUCUCAAUUGAUAUGGAAAGUAUGGAAAGCAUAAUGCAAAAAGAUACAUUUUUGAGCAUAGACAGUGGUUUAAAAGUAAAAAGAGGAGUUAAAAACUGUACGGAAUUAAGCAAAAGCGCACCGCAUACCGUUAAUACAAAAACCUUUGUCACAAAAUAUGAUAAUUCAGGAUUUAAAAAAUUGUCGAAUCAUUUUGAAAAUGAAAACGUGCUCAAGGCCGCUGAUAUAAAAUUGUUUAACUUUUGUACAAAUUUAGGUAGUGACUGGCCGCAGCUAGCAAAUGAGUUGGGUGUACCCGAAACCGAUAUCGACAUGGUCAAAGCUGAUUGUUGUAGUGACGGCAAUACCCUGAUCAUUAUGGCCAUACUCAAGGAAUGGUUACAACAAGCAGAUUGUUUCAAUUUGAACAAAUUAACUGAAAUUUUAAAAAAAAUUGGCCGUGCUGAUAUAUUGAAGAAGUGCAAUUACGAUUUGGAUUUUUUUUCUACAAUCCUUCAUAAAGAUGUUGCUACAUUAGGUUCUAAAGAGUGCUUAAACUUUGAAUCUAAUGAAGAUCAGAACGACAAUGGUAGGGUAUUUUGAUCUACCAACCAGGCUAUCGACUUUUGCACACACCCUUGUUUUUUCUGCAUGGAUUAUCUAUAUAUGUGAACUGACGGAAUCCAUCUCGAGCUUCGAAAGUUAAGAUGUCACCUAAACGAGGGCCCUCAAGAAAUGGACUACAGGGAAUAAGUGUCCCCAAAUGAGACAAAAUAACAAUAUUAACCACACGCAACGUUUCAGCCCAUGAAAGAUGAUAUUUGCUAUUCAAAAGAAUAUGCAAAAAAACGUAAAGCUAAACAUCAAGAAAACGUUGACGGCAAGGAAUUCGGCUGAAAUUUCAAUUUAAUAAAGUUUUUAACACAAUCCCUUGUAACAUUUUUUUUGACCAAUGGUAUGAUACAUACUCAUGUCAAAUAUUUUCAAAACUUUAAAAAUGAAAUAAAUAUUACCGUCGUAAAAAAAAA